AAGCGCACAUGUAAAAAAACUCAUUUGGGAAACAAAAUGGACGGUGUCUAAAUGGCGUUUGUCGUAUUUGUUAGUGAUGUGAGUUAUUAUGCUUAGUUGGGCAUUUAAUCUCAAUAAUACGGAGGACGUACAGUGAAAGUUAAUUUAGCCGUUAUAUUAUACUUUAAACGGUGAUCUUUCAUUGAAAAUUUUAUGGACCUACAUUUUUGGAGUAUGGUAUCCAUUUUGUGAUCAACUUGUUGUGUGGCGUUUAUAGAUAAAAUGGAUGUACCCAAUGUUAAUUGGAUACUUGAAGGUAAAAAAACUAUAAUUCACUCUUAAUAGAGUGAUGGACUCAUAUAAUUUAUUUGAUGAUGGAAGCGGUAUGUUGGAAGGACUCACUGAUCUUGGUGGAUCAGACAGCUUUGCUGGCGGAGCGUCGGCAGGGGUAACUGGAGGUGACAACAAAGACACACCUGAUAACAGCCUUAGUUACAGACAACCAUAUAAUCAAAAUCCUGUACCGCAAGAACCAUCAAUUCAGAAGCUGGCUUCGUUUGGAGGACCUCCUGCGGGCAGUGCUCAACCAGUACCAAAUCCUGGUACAGGGCCCCCUGCGCCAGAUUACCAUGAAUAUGGAAGCUACCCACCACGACCUCGUUUGCCUCAACCCCCGCACGGCCCCUUGCAUCCAUCACAUCAUGUGCAUCCCACACAUUCAUACCCAGGAUAUCACCCAGACCCAAUGUAUGCCAUGCCUGAACAACCAGGUAUUGGAGAAAUGGGUGUAUGGUCUGGUCCGCCUGGUCCUAACAGAUACUCUCCUAUCACUCCAGGCUACAGACAUAGCUAUGAACACCAACAAAAAAUGCAUCAAUAUCCUUCUCAACAGACUGGUGGUAUAGGAAGUCUGCAAGCUCAAAAUGGAUCAUACAUACCAAGGCAACCCCAUUUUCCACAACCAACAUCACAACAAAUAUAUGGGCAGCAGCAGAACUAUCCAAAUUACACGCAGAUGCAUCCACCAGCUGGAUCUAGAAUUAGUCAGCAUCCUACUUAUCAUCAGCAAAUGGAUGUAAAUCCUCAUCAGUAUGGGAUACCACAUGGUCAACAAAGCCAUGGACCAAUUCCGCCGCAUCAAUCUCAUCAGAGUAUGGGAGGCCACUCUGGUGGCAUGACACCAGGAAUUCAAAAUCACCCAAAUGUGCACCUUCAUCAUCCGGGGGCUCCGCCGCUACAUCAUGUACCUCGUCAGUCACCAGUUCCACCGUCUUCUGUAGCGCCUUCUCAUUCUUCCGUGCCGACACAAAUGCCUUACGCGUCGCCUCAUCACUCAAUGACUUAUCAAUCUCAUCAGAUACAGCAUCCUUUAGAUGUAAAUGUUUCAAAUCAGUAUGGUAAUGUGAAACCUGCAGGUAUUGAAACUGGAAGCCCACAAUAUCGCCCACCGUUCCCUCAGCUAUCUCCUCAAAUGUCACCUAGAUCUCAAAUUUCACCCCGGCAGCAAUCUCAAUCCCAAUUGUCUCCUCGGCCUGUUAUGUCGCCUGUAAAAGGUCCUAGUGCAUCACCACAUGGUGCUCGCAAUAUGGUUCCUUCGCCGGUAUCUACAGGUACGCCAUCUACACCUGGAUCUUCCUUCCCUUCACAAAAUACUCUCCAAGCAUUAGAGCAAAUGGUGUUACCAUCUGGAACUGAUUACCCUUACCAACGUAAUCCAUCAUCUCCAGCAGUUACACACGUUGUUUCUUCACCAUCACAGUGGAAUCCAAGCAAAAUUCCUCCUACGAGUAGUUUAGCGCAAAUGGAUAAUAACGAACAGUCUACCAAGUCGUCUGAACCUGCAACUUUAACACCAGCGCUAAAAUCUGAUUUGAGCAAAAAUGUACCACUAGGUAAUACAAAUACCGAAUUGAAAUCUAUUGAGAAACAAGAAGCGGAAAGUGCCCGGCUAGGCGAAACCAUUCCUGCGUCUCGAACUUUUCUACCUCCAUCUAAUGCAGGUGGCACUAUUAAAGAAAAUGUUCCUGUUGUUGCUUCAACAAGUAAUAGUACAUUAACUACCUGUAACAAUUCGUCGGUCGCUGGAGAAACUACAGAAAUUAUAGAAAAACAUCUACCUCAUACAGAUGGUAAAAUAGAUGCUACUGCAUCUACUGCAUCUAGAGAAGAUGAAAAUAUGGAUACAAAUUUAGAAAAAGUAUAUAACAACGACCAAAAAUUGGAGUCUAAGCCGAAAAUGGUGGAAACUUCCAAUACAUCAGAAAUUAAAGCUUCACCUCACUCGACGGCUCUGCCUCUGCCGGCUAUGACAAAUACAAAUUCGACUGUUAGUGAUAUUUCACAAAUGCGAAUGUCUCAACCAGUGCAAUUAGCAUCUAUGACUAACACUAACACUGCUAGUCAGUAUGAGAAUAUGAAUGUUAGUAGGAAUUCAGGAUUUCCAACAAAUAACAUUCAAAAUGUUUCAGCAAAUAUCCCUAAUGCGACACAAGGACUAUCAACAAAUAUAACAACCAGCAUUCAGUCUUCUACUCAUACCAGUGCUACACAUAACGUUUCUUCUUCUUUUCAAAACGUUCCUACCACUGUCACGCAAGCAGUACCUAAUGCUCAAAUGAAUUUACCAGCAAUGCCACAUGCUAACACUGUCACUUCCAGUGUACCAGUUCAUAACCAGCAAAGUAAUUUAACAUUGAUCCCUUCACUGCCAGGAAAUAUUCCACCAAAUAUUUCUAAUGUACCCAGUAACAUGCCCCCAAUCGGACAGUCCAAUGUGCAAACUAAUAUUCCUAAUGUUCCUGUAGGAUUACCUAUGAACGUUUCAAAUAUGCAUGCACCACCAAUACAACCAAAUCAACCUCCAAUUAUGUCAAAUAUGCCUCACAAUAUUAAUCAAAAUAUGUUGAUGAUGGGCCCAAAUUCAAUUCCCCACCCUAAUAUUCCCAACAUUUAUCCAGCAACUCAUCAACAAGAGCGAAUAUCAUUACAACAACAAAUACAAGAUAUUUACUGUUUGCCACCAUCUAAUGAAAAUCAAGAGAAAGUGAGAUGCCUUCAAGAACGACUAGCUUUAAUUCAACAGCACGAAUCCACCGAAAAAUGUAAUGGGGGACCAAAUUGUACGUUACAAAACCCUGUAUAUGGAUCAAAAAUGGUAGAAAGUCCUCAAGUAACAAGUACCACAGGUCGUGGUCGUGGCAAAGGGCCAGCCAAGCCCAGAAAACCUAGGGCAAAGAAAGAGAAGUUUGUGGCCACAGUACAACCGUUGGAUCAGUUACCUGUAUCUGAGGAUUGUGUAACGGCUGGAACUGGUUUACAAAAUACUUCAGAACUUGACUUAGAGUUGAAUGAAGAUAUAACUAACCUAGACAGCAGCGCUAUUUCAAUCGAUGAACUAAAUGGUGGUAAAGUGAGAAAGCAAAGAGGUCCUAGGAAAAAUAAGGAACGAAAACCACGAACACCUAAAGAACCUAAAGUUAAAGACUUAGGCGAUAAACCUGUAAAGGAACGAAAAAAACGAGAACCAAAAGAUCCAAAUGCUCCUAAAAAGAAAAGGAAUUUGAAAAAAGAUGCUAUGGAGAUACAGGCAGACACGACCACCAAUUAUGAGAUACUAGAAACUGACAAAGAUAAUGGAAAUGAAACCCUGAGUCAUACAAAUAUUGAAACUCCCAAUGUAUCAAAAAAUAUUUCUGAACUCUCAUUAGACGAGUCGAAUGUUACUGAUUUUGAUGAUAUCCCUGUAUCCAAAAUAGCUAUUAAAGACUUGUUAGAAGAAGCUGAAGCUAAGCGAGAGCAAGAUGAUGAUAUGGAUUCAAUAACACAGAAAAGGAAGUCGAAAAAACGGGCAUCAGCUGGUGGAAGUUGCAAAAAGUUGACCCUUAGGAGAUCUUUAGGUGGAAGAAGAAAGAAACGUGGUGGUCUUAUUCCUGAUUCGGAUGGUGAACCAGAUGACAUGAUGUCCACUCCUCCUCCGUCUCCACCACCAGAAGGUGACGACAGUUUAAAAAGAAGGUCUGCUAGAAAUACACAGCGUAAAAAAUAUACUGAUGAUGUCAUGUUACGAUUAUCUGAUGAUGAAUUUACUAUGGCCGCUCCUAAGCUCGAGAAAGAAUGUAAGUCUGAAGAUAUAGAUACCAAAGAUAUUAGCAGAUCUGAGGGUGUACCUAAACCUAACUAUAUUUAUGUGAAUACUACUGAAGAAGAUGCAAUGAUAGUUCAACACGUUUUAGCAUGUCGCAUGGGGAAACGAGAAUUUAAAGUAGAACCAUCGACAAGUGAAAGCAUACAAAAAUUAGAACCUGGUAAUGAACCAAGUGCUAAAGAUCCUAACGAUGAAACCCAAGCAACUGUUUCUGGUCUAGAUACUAAAGAUGAUCAUGUUAAACCUACGACAAGCCAUGAUAUCCAAAAAGAAAUUGAAGAAAAUAUUGGCGAACAACAAAUGUCCUCGCAAGAAGGUGCCUCUAAAGUGGAAGUGAAUGUGGAUGUCAAUAAAGAUAACCAAGAAGUUAAAAAUGUAAAGCCGGUUAUGGUGGAUGUCGAAGAAUAUUUUGUGAAAUAUAGAAACUUUUCAUAUUUACAUUGUGAAUGGAAGACUGAAGAAGAACUGUACAAGGGCGAUAAAAGAAUAUUUUCAAAAAUUAAAAGAUUUAAGCAAAAACAAGCACAACAGAUGAAUAUUUUUGAACUGUUGGAUGAAGAACCUUUUAAUCCUGAUUAUGUUGAAGUAGAAAGAAUUUUAGAUAUGUCAGAAAAUCAAGACCCUGCAAAUAAUACAGUUGUAAAACAUUAUUUAGUAAAAUGGAAAAGUCUGCAAUAUGAAGAUAGUACAUGGGAGUUGGAAGAAGACAUUGAUGUUGAUAAAAUAAGACAGUUUAAGGUCUUUAGUGAAAUACCGACAAAAGACAAGUGGAAAUUCAAGAAGCGACCAUCUGCGGAUCAAUGGGUCCAGUUAAAGGAAUCUCCUUUGUACAAAGGUGGAAACACAUUAAGGCCUUAUCAACUGGAAGGUCUUAACUGGCUAUUAUUCUCUUGGCAUAAUAAUCGCAAUUGCAUAUUAGCUGAUGAAAUGGGCUUAGGAAAAACGAUACAAAGUUUAACAUUUGUAAAUUCAGUCUGGGAGUAUGGUAUUAGAGGACCUUUUCUUAUCAUCGCACCUCUAUCUACUAUACCAAAUUGGCAAAGAGAAUUUGAAGGUUGGACUGAAAUGAAUGUUGUUGUGUAUCAUGGUUCACAACAGAGUAAGAGUAUGCUGCAAGAAUAUGAAUUUUACUAUAAAAAUGAACAAGGAGAGCCAAUUAAAGAAAUAACUAAAUUUAAUGUGCUCAUAACAACAUUUGAAAUUAUUGUUACCGACUUUCAAGAAUUAAAAUCAUUUAACUGGAGAAUAUGCGUAAUCGAUGAAGCUCAUAGACUGAAAAAUCGCAAUUGUAAGUUAUUAGAAGGCCUGCGACAGCUACACUUAGAACAUAGGGUCUUGUUAUCUGGUACUCCCCUGCAGAACAAUGUAAAUGAAUUGUUUUCCCUGUUGAAUUUCCUUGAACCUUCGCAAUUUUCUAGUAGCGAUGCAUUCUUAAAUGAAUUUGGCCAACUUAAGACAGAAUCUGAAGUAUUGAAGUUGCAGGCUCUACUAAAACCUAUGAUGUUAAGAAGGUUGAAAGAAGAUGUGGAAAAAACAUUGGCUCCCAAAGAAGAAACGAUAAUCGAAGUGGAGUUAACAAACAUACAGAAAAAAUAUUAUAGAGCAAUACUUGAGAGAAAUUUCAGUUUUCUGCAAAAGGGUACAGCGUCGGCUGCGAAUAUUCCCAAUUUAAUGAAUACCAUGAUGGAACUGAGAAAAUGUUGCAUACAUCCUUAUUUAUUAAAUGGAGCAGAAGACCAAAUACAAUUUGAUUACAAACAAGCCAAUGGAGAAGAUAAACAAGCAUAUUACAAGGCACUAAUUGAUUCAUCUGGUAAAAUGGUACUGGUUGAUAAAUUACUGCCUAAAUUAAAAGCUGGUGGUCAUAGAGUUUUGAUAUUUAGUCAAAUGGUUAGAUGCUUGGACAUUUUGGAAGAUUAUCUUGUAUUUAGAAAAUAUCCGUACGAAAGAAUUGAUGGAAGAAUAAGAGGGAAUUUAAGACAAGAAGCUAUUGAUAGAUUUUCUAAACCAGAUUCAGAUAGGUUUGUGUUUUUACUUUGCACAAAAGCGGGUGGCUUGGGAAUUAAUUUGACAGCUGCCGAUACGGUUAUAAUUUAUGAUAGUGAUUGGAAUCCACAGAAUGAUUUACAAGCACAAGCUAGAUGCCAUCGUAUUGGUCAACAAAAAAUGGUUAAAAUAUAUAGACUGAUAUGUCGUAAUAGUUAUGAAAGAGAAAUGUUCGAUAAAGCAUCUUUAAAGCUUGGUUUAGAUAAAGCAAUAUUGCAAAGUAUGAAUACAACCCAAGGAAAAGAAGCUGGUGUUAAACAAUUGUCAAAAAAAGAAAUUGAGGACUUACUUAAAAAGGGUGCUUAUGGAGCUGUAAUGGAUGAAGACAAUGCUGGUGACAAAUUUUGUGAAGAAGAUAUUGAAAUGAUAUUAGCUCGUAGAACCCAAGUUAUUCAAAUGGAAUCAGAAAAGGGAUCAACAUUUUCUAAAGCCAGUUUUGCUGCAGCAGAUCAAAGAUCGGAUAUUGACAUAAGAGAUCCUGAUUUUUGGAAUAAAUGGGCCAAAAAAGCAGAAAUUGAUACCACAGAGAAAAAGGAAGAUGAAGAUUUGAUAGUUACAGAACCAAGAAAACGAACAGUUAUUAAAAGGUAUGGGCAUGACGAUGGUCCUAUGGAAAUGUCUGAUAUGGAAGUUACACCUGAUUCUGAUGAGGAUGAAGAAGGAAUAAGCUUAAGAAGUAAAAGAAAGAAAGAAAAGCUUGGCAAAAAGGGUCGCAGAUAUGCUAGUGAUGAUUACAUUCCAAGACAUGAAGGUGUUCCUGUGGAUGAGGAGGUUGUAUAUGGAUCAUGGACAAGAUCAGAAUGCUUUAAAAUUGAAAGAGGUCUACUAACUUUUGGAUGGGCGAGGUGGGAAGAAAUAGUAGAGAAAAAUCAAUUCCGAAAGGGAUGGUCUAUUCCUGUUAUUGAAGAUUGCGCGCGCAUAAUAGUUUUGUAUUGUUUACGACAUUACAAAGGUGAUGAGAAAAUUAGGAAUUUCAUAUGGGAUCUAAUUGAACCUUGUGAAAAUGGAGAAGUAACAAUCUCUCGGAAUCACAGUGGGUUGCACAACCCAGUACCCCGUGGAAGAAACGCAAAAAAGAAAAAUAGACCAAAGGAUUUGCCUAAAUCUAAUGACCUCCAAAAAUGGGAGGAUUCCAAUCAUUGGAGUUCAACUGAAAAAUAUGACUGUGAAUUAUAUCUAGAAAACAGCUACAAAAAGCAUUUGUUUAGACAUGCUAAUAAGGUAUUGCUACGAGUACGCAUGAUGUAUUACAUCAAGCAUGAAGUUAUUGGAGACUAUGCCACCCAAAUUGAGAGUGGAGUUCAUGCCAGUUCCUUAGGUAUGCGGGUACCUCGGGGUGUGGAUAGUACACCUCCACGGCUAUGGUGGGACAGUGAAUGUGACGUUUCCUUACUUGUGGGAACAUACGUCCAUGGUUACGAAAAUUAUUUGGCAAUGCGAUCCGAUCCACAGCUUUGCUUUGUGGACAAACUAGGUCCACCUGAUGAUGCUGAAUGUACAGAUAUUAAGAGUGAAGAGAGGAAGGUGAGGGGCAGUGUGGUAGGAGAUGAAGACUGUACAGAUGACGUAUCGAGUGGAGCAGGUGCGACAUCGCCAGCAGCAUCUCCUCGGCCUGACGAUGACAGCACCCAGAGCAGCAGUGGCGGCCAUCUAUGGCCCUCCAUGCAAGAUCUCAAUACAAGACUUCGGAGGCUAAUUACGGCAUACCAAAGAAAUUACAAACGUGAAGAACUAAAAAUGCAACAAAGAGCUAAGAAGAUGGAGCGACGGGAACGCAUGGAUCAACUAGCCAGAGAUGAAGUUUCACAAUGGCGCUGGACACGUGCUGAUGAAGAAGCAUUCCGCCGCACAGUUGCUUCAUACGGAGUUGAGUUCGACCCAACCACCAAAAGUCUUCGUUGGAGUCGUUUUAGAAUGCUUGCACGAUUGGACACUAAAACCGAUGAUGCUUUAACAGAUUAUUUAAAAGCAUUUAUGGCUAUGUGCAAACGCCAGUGUGGACUCUCUGUGGGAGAAGCUGAGCUGCCAACUAGGGCAGAUUUAAAGGCAGAACCUAUAGGUGAAGAAAGAGCUAUUGCUACUCUUGAGAGAAUUGAUCUUCUACGGGUGUUACGUGAAGAAGUAGCUCCACAUCCAGCAUUAGAUACACGGCUGGCUCUAUGUGAACGAUCUCCGGAUACUCCACCAUGGUGGCAGCCAGCUCGACACGACAAACUAUUGGUAUUAGGUGUUUGCAAGCAUGGUUUGGGUGAUACAUAUAAUAAGCUGUUUUGCGACCCUAAAAUGCCAUUCGCCGAUUGCGCCAGCAAAUGGUACGCGAGUCAUAAAAGCGGGACAAAGAGCGACGCACAGAAGAUAUCUUCCGAUGAAGACGACGCCCCAGGAUCAGAAGAGACCGCUGGAGAAACACGGAUGUCACUGAGACGAAGUAAGAGAACGUCUAAUAACUGCGACCGGAUGAACGAAGAAGACACGGACGCUCUCUCUGAACUCGAGACCCUCGCCAAGCUUGGGCGCACCGACGAGACGCUGCGCCCCGACUGGUUCUCCGAGCGCGCGCUGGAGACCCGACUGCAUCACAUCGCGCAUGCCGUGCAGAACCGGGAGUGGCCCGUCGCUGCCAAGCCCGAGCCCGCUGACGCCAAGCACGCCGCUAAACGUCACAUCGCCAUCGACGUGGAGACCGACCGCGCCAAGUUGCACGCGCUGCUGUCGUCGCCCGCCGCAGCCCACUCGGGCGCGGCGCCUGGUCUGGCGGCGCCUGGCCUAGCAGCUCCCGGCCUGGCCACGGCUGACAGCGCGGCGCCGCCGCCCGCGCACCAGCGCCUACCUGCGCCGGCGGCGGCCGCAGCGCCCGUGGACCUGUCGGCGCCGCUUGACCUCAGUGAUGUGCACGACUUCUCCGUUGGCCGCCGCACGCCUCUGUCGGACUCUGCGCCUUCAGCCGGGCCGUCUCGCAGUCGCCUCGAUGAUACUCUUUCCAGACUCAUGAAAAGGAAAAAUGUGCCUGCACCAGAGCAAAUUGUUGGAAAAGAAAAGAAAAGGAAAAAAUUGGAUGAAAUAGUACUGGGUCUGUCAGCAGCUAAAUGUAAGAGUCCCACUGCUUCAACAGACAGUCUGCGAGGACGAGCGACCACUGUGCUGCCCGACGUCACGGUCACACCAGCCGCUCCUCCUACAUCAUCAGCAGCUUCUUCAGCCCAGAAACCAUUUUCGGUUACAGUAACUAACGUCCCAUCGCCACAGGCUUCUUCUAAAGAGUUGUCGUCAUUUUUACAACAGUCUUUGGAACAGACUAAGGUAUCUAAAACUCCAGCUGUACCUCCAAUGAAAUCUUAUUCUCAUGAAGCUAAGGUAAAUAAAUGGUUAGCCGAGCAGGCCAGCGUUGAUACGCGUCGACGUGGUAUUCCCCCCCGGCUUGCUCCUGAGGAACAUGUGCCUGUUGUCCAUCGUGUUACAGGCAAACGAAUUGUCGGCCCCAAAGCACCUCAACUCAAACAUCUAGCGCAAUGGAUUGCUGAAAACCCUAUGUACGACAUAGACUCAAAAUGGACAGAAGGUAUUAAAGAACAUAUUAAGUUACCUCAAGAUGUUCGCAGUCAAAGACACUCACCGAUGCAAGCUACUAGUGGUAUCAAUGAACGCAAAAAAGGACGGCCACCCACACUUGAUUCUGCAUCCCCUAAUGUUUUGUCUUCAAAUUCACACAUGAAUCAAAGUUUGGCUGGUUUGAAUCCUGCUAUUUUGGCAAGUCUGUCCAGCCUUAGUGCAUUUGAUCCUAAAACGUUAGCUGCAACACUUUCGAAUUUAACAGGAUUUGAUCCAAAAUUAUUGAAUACAUUUGAUCCAAAAUUACUUUCUAGUUUAGGCAGUUUUGAUCCAAAAAAUAAUCCACUGCUAAAUUCUUUCAACAGUAUGCCAAAUUUAUUAGGUAAUAUAGCCGGUGGAAAUAUAUUUGCUAACUUAGCUGGAUUAGGACUUCCUGGUUUUUCAUCUCUGGACUUGAAUAAUUUAACAGGAUCUACUGUUUCGAGUGAUAGUAAAUCAAAAUCUCGAAAAACUACAGAAAGUGGAAAUCCAUCCAGCUCUAAAUCAAGUAACUCACAGUUUCCAUUUGUUUUCCCAAAUCCAAAUAUGCUGUACCCACAACUGGGGCUGAGCGGCUUAAAUCCAUUUGGGAUGCAUUCUGGUAUGUCGUCAGCAUACGAUGCUUUAGGAUUAUUGAGUAAUAAUAUAGCAGCCAGUUCAGGUGCUUCUACAUUACAAGCUCCAAGUCACAGCACUUCACGUAGCGCUAAAACGACUACACCGCGAUCAUCUACUAUAGUGACGAACUCUGCCACCUCUCGUCAGCAAAAAGUUUCUGACCGACAGCAGUCGAGUCAAUUACCGCAAAUACAUUUACCACCGGAUCCCUAUCUUUUAGAAUCUCUAUCAAAACAAUCCUUAAAUUAUGAAACAAUAAUGAGACCAGAAAAGAGGUCCCGGGACAGCGAUGGUCACGAAACAAUAGCAACAGAUCUCUCUAAGACAGAUAAGAAAAAGCUACCAUAUGAUGCUCUAAGGUCACAAGUACCUCCAGAGUUUGCAGCUGUCCAGGAAAAGUUACUAAAGGGUGAUAAAAAAGAUAUUGAUAUAAGUAAAAUGCUGUUAGAACAAAUGGCAUCUGGAGCUCUUAGCGCCAGUCUUGUUAGUUCUGCAGAGUCUAAAAAGGCUAAAGACGAUAAAGAUGGUUCUGAAAAAUUAAUUAAAAAUUCUUCAGAAUAUGGUUCUCGAACGUUAAUUACUGAAGAUGGAGCACCAAGUCAAUCCCUGGCUCUCAAGAGGUCUCAUGAAGAAGCUAUGAAUGAACCUGAAAACUUAGCAUUAUCGUCAACAGAGUUAAAUCCUUUAAAAAAAUUGAAAGACAAUUCUAGCGAAAAAAAAGCUUUAGAGAAGCAACCCGAUCACUCCACACACACUGGGGAAAUGGAUCUUGAAGAUUUAAUAGCACCUUCAACUGUAAUAAAAACCGGAAUGAAAACAGAUUUUGACAUUAAUAAUCCAAAAAUGCCAGUCACAGAAAUGAUAUCACCGAAUUUAGGAAAAGAUGAUAAGUCGCUAUCAAAACAGACCACUUCAUAUUCUGAUGAGUCUUCUGUACUCGACCAAGAAAAUACUUUGACUGAGGAAGGUACUGCUAAAGUAGAAAGUGAAAUAAAAGAUAACUGUUCCAAUGACGAUGAUCCUAAUAUCGGAGAUUUGUCCACUUAUGAGGGGGGACGUAGAUGCAAUAAAAAGAAAAUCCGUAAGUCGUCGGAAGAGAUACCGCCAACAUGCCCACGCCGUGAAUUGAGAUCAAGCUCUGGACGUCAAUCGACGGAGUCAAUUAACACAAACCAUUAAUAAUGAAUCUGUCUACAAAAUGCUAAAAGCAUUCAUCGUGAUUUAAGAUUUUAUAAAAAAGUAUAGCUGUGUCGUAAUGAAUGUUACCGGCUGUGGCUCUUCUUAGUAAAUUGUAUCUAUUUCUGAUGAACUUUUCAUACAAACUUGCCAUUUCUAAAAUCACAUUGUUUCCAUUUUUCGAUUUCCAUCAAUUUCUAUACUAGGAUCUAUACUAGGAUAUUCUUAUUUAAAAUCUUUUCUAAUAACAGAAGACUGGAUAUGCCACAUUAACGCAUCCACAGUUAUACUCUUAACAUUAACAACAGAAGCAUGAUGCUACAUUUAUGUAUUUAGAACAAAUUAAAUGUGACGUUAGAGUUAUCCUCAUUCAUUAUGGAUAACAAAAGCGUGAAGAAUAAUUGUGGCUUAGAAUUUCAUAAUGUAGUUUAUACGAUAAACUAUUAAUUGACACUUAGAGAUCUCUCGCAAAUACUGUAGCUCAGUUUCCUUUUGACUACUAUUUGUUUUAUAAGUAAGUUAGAAUUGUCGAGUAAAUAUUGAAUCAUUAAUUAAUGAGUGAAAUUGUGUUAAAAUUAUUCCUGGUUUUUAUUAUUCUCAUUUUUAUGUAGUUAUUAUUGUAAGUUUUAAGUCAAACACUGAAUGUGAUAAAAUUAUUUAUUACAUGUAUUCUUAUUAUUUUACACUGCUUUAUUGAUGAAAUGUAUUAUAUAAAUAUG